CUUAUAACGAGAAGCAGCAGCAGCAGCGGACACGCGCGGCAGCCUGACACAGAAGCUACGCACGGGCCGGAGUGAGAGCGAGAGAGAGGCCGGCGGAGAGCGAGCGAGAUGAGAUCGAGGGUAGCGCUGGAGCCGCUGGCGGAGGAGCCCGGCGGCGGGGAGGAGGAGGCGUCGCGCCGGCGCUCGGGUCUCCACGCGGCGCUGCACCGGUGGGCGCGCCUCCUCUCUGGGGGCGCCGCCGGGGACGACGCCCGCCCGGCCGCCGACCUCCGCGUGCUCCUCUCCGUGCUCGCCUGCCCCCUCUCCCCCGUCCCCCUCCUCCCGCGCCUUCCCCGCCACGUGGCGUCGUCGGCGCAGUACAUCAUCGAGCAGUUCAGGGCCACGACGGGGUGCGGCAAGCUCGAGGACGGCGCGGUCAAGAGCAUGUACGCGUCGGGGCGGGUGCGCCUGUCGAUGCUGCAGGAGCCCAGCGGCGGGGGAGGCGGCGUCAUCGGCGGCGGCGGGCGCGCCCACGAGGGGAGCUUCGUGCUGUGGCAGCUCGCGCCCAGCAUGUGGCUCGUCGAGAUGUCCGUGGCCGGGCAGAGCGUCGCGGCGGGCAGCGACGGCCGCGUCGCCUGGCGCCGCACGCCCUGGCUCGGCGCCCACGCCGCGCGCGGCGGUUCCCGCCCACUCCGACGCGCUCUCCAGGGCUUGGACCCAGUGACGAUCGCGUCCAUCUUCUCGACGGCCGAGCACGCCGGCGAGAAGCUGGUGGACGGCGAGGACUGCUUCGUGCUGCGCCUUGACGUUGGGCCCUCGGUGCUCUCCAGCUGGAGCGACGGCACCGCGGAGGUGAUCCGCCACGGGCUGACGGGGUUCUUCAGCCAGCGCAGCGGCCUCCUGGCGCGGCUGGAGGACUCGCAGCUGACCCGGAUCCAGUCUCCCGGCGCGCCCGCCAUGUACUGGGAGACCACCAUCGCGUCGGCCAUGUCGGACUACCGCGCCGUGGACGGCGCCGUGGCCGUCGCGCACGCCGGCACGUCGACGGCGCACCUCGCCCGGUUCGGCGUGGGCGUGCGCGCCGCGCGCGUGGUGACGCGGAUGGAGGAGUCGUGGAACAUCGACGACGUGGCGUUCAACGUCCCGGGCCUGGGGCCGGACGCCUUUAUACCGCCGGAGGAGGUCCGGAGGAGCCGGUCAUACGGCGCCGCCAUCGCCGCCGGCAAGUGAGCUCAAGAUUCAGGCGUUUGUGUAACAUAGUUUGCAUAGAGAGAGAGAGAGAGAGAGAUUUAUAGCUUCGUAUUUGUCUGUCUUCCCUUUGUAACUUGUGAGUGAGCGUGGCAUCAAUGAUCGUGCAUGUACAUAUAUGUAUCUGAUUUACCCAAAAAUAAUAACGGCGCCCAAAUUUUUAACC